CCCCAGAGCCUCCUGCCCAGCCGGGAAGGCAGAGUCCCACUCCCGGGCGCGACUGCCGCGCGCCAAUGGCCAGCUCAGGGUCCCUCGCUGCCGGCGGGUGCUUCUGCCUCUCUCGAGCCUUCCUCUUGUGGCUGGGGACAGCGCUGCUGCUUCUCACUGACUGGGUGCUGCUCCGGCCGGCUCUACCCGGAAUAGCGUUCCUGCUGGUGCCCGCCUCGUUGCCGCUGCUCCGGGUCUGGGUGGUGGGCCUGAGCCGCUGGGCUGGGCUGUGGCUGGGGGCUCGUGGGGUCCUCAGGGCAACAGCUGGCACCAAGACUGAAAGCGGAGGAGUCCAGGGAUGGCUGCCUUCUUUGGAGCCACUGGCGGCGGCUCUGGGCUUGGCCCUGCCCGGACUUGCCUUGUUCCGAGAGCUGAGCUCGUGGGGAGGCCCCAGGGACGCCAACAGCACUGGGCUACUGCACUGGGGAAGUCGCCUCGACGCCUUCGCCCUCAGCUACGCGGCGGCACUGCCCGCAGCCGCCCUGUGGCAUAAAUUUAGGAGUCUUUGGAUGCGGGGAUGUCACGGCGGUUCAGGGGACGCGGUGUGUCGGCUUCUAGGCUGCCUGGGCUCAGAGAUACGCCGUCUCCCGCUCGUUCUGGUCCUAUUGAUCCUCUCCUGUCUUGGCGAGAUGGCCAUUCCGUUCUUCACCGGCCGCCUCACUGACUGGAUUCUACAAGAUGGGGCAGCCACUGCUUUCACUCGAAACAUAACUCUCAUGUCCACUCUUACUAUAGCCAGUGCAGUGCUAGAGUUCGUGGGUGAUGGCAUCUACAACAGCACCAUGGGCCAUGUGCACAGCCGUUUGCAGGGCAAGGUGUUCCGCGCUGUCCUACGCCAGGAAACAGAGUUUUUCCAACAAAACCAAACAGGUGCCAUCACAUCUCGGAUAACAGAGGACACAUCCACCCUGAGUGAGUGUCUGAGUGAGAAGCUGAACCUGUUGCUGUGGUACCUGGUGCGGGGACUGUGUCUCUUGGGGCUCAUGCUCUGGGGAUCACUGUCCCUCACCAUUGUCACCCUAGUUGCCCUGCCUCUGCUUUUCCUUCUGCCUGAGAAGCUGGGGAAAUGGCACCAGAUGCUGGCAGCACAGGUGCAGGAAUCUCUGGCAAAGACCAGCCAGGUGGCCAUUGAGGUUUUGUCAGCCAUGCCUACAGUCCGGAGCUUUGCCAACGAGGAGGGUGAGGCCCAGAAGUUCAGGCAAAAACAGCAGGAAAUGAAGGCACUCAACCAGAAAGAGGCCCUGGCCUAUGCAGUUAACCUCUGGACUACCAGUAUCUCAGGGAUGCUGCUGAAGGUGGGAAUCCUGUAUGUUGGUGGGCAGCUGGUGACAAGUGGGGUUGUGAGCAGUGGGAACCUUGUCACAUUUGUACUCUACCAGAUCCAGUUCACCACAGCCGUUGAGGUACUGCUCUCCACCUACCCCAGUGUGCAGAAGGCUGUGGGCUCCUCAGAGAAAAUAUUUGAGUACCUGGACCGGAUCCCUUGCUGUCCAGCCAGUGGUGUGUUGACUCCUUCAAACUUGGAGGGCCUUGUUCAGUUCCAAGAUGUCUCCUUUGCCUACCCCAACCGCCCAGAUGUCCUAGUGCUACAGGGGCUGACGUUCACCCUGCGCCCUGGUGAGGUGACAGCACUGGUGGGACCCAACGGGUCUGGGAAGAGCACAGUGGCUGCCCUGCUGCAGAACCUGUACCAGCCCACCCGGGGGAAGCUGCUGCUGGAUGGGAAGCCCCUUCCCCAAUAUGAACACCACUACCUGCACCGACAGAUAGCUGCAGUGGGACAAGAGCCACUGUUAUUUGGAAGAAGUUUCCGGGAAAAUAUUGCCUAUGGCCUGAUCCAGAAGCCAACUAUGGAGGAAGUCACAGCCGCUGCGGUGGAGUCCAGGGCCCACAGUUUCAUCUCUGAACUCCCUCAGGGCUACGACACAGAGGUAGGCGAGGCUGGGAGCCAGCUAUCAGGGGGUCAGCGACAGGCAGUGGCCUUGGCUCGAGCACUGAUCCGAAAACCACGCGUACUCAUCCUGGACGAUGCUACCAGUGCCCUGGAUGCAAACAGCCAGUUAUGGGUGGAGCAGCUCCUGUAUCAAAGUCCUGAGCGGUGCUCUCGGUCAGUGCUUAUCAUCACCCAGUGUCUCUGCUUGGUGGAGAAGGCUGACCACAUCCUCUUUCUGGAAGGAGGCACCAUCUGUGAGGCAGGAACCCACCAGCAGCUCAUGAAGAAUAGGGGACGCUACUGGACCAUGGUGCAGGCUCCUGGAGGACUGGGUGCUCUGGAAUGAAAGACUUCUCAUGGUCCUCCCUUUUUUCCCUCCUUUCUGUGCUGGAGCAUUUGGGAACGAAGAUUUUACCGGAGUUGCAGAGUAGUCCGGAGUGGCAUCCUAAAAUGUAACCCCCUAGGUGAUACUUGAAAUUCUACCAUGAGUGUUACCCUCUCUCGAAGAUCCUCUUGAAAGAUACAGAUUUCCUGGAAGAAAACCUGGUUCAUAACUAACUCCUAAGUGUAACUAGGUUGACAGCCAGGUCUGUGUGGAUAGCACUCUGAAAAUAUUUAAAAUAUACAGAAAGGAAAUAUCAGCUACUUUCCAAUGAAACCAAAAACACCUGCACGUACACACACACACACACACACACACACACGCCCAGAAGUACCGUGUGGAUCCUUGAUAUUUAUAAUAAAAUUGGUUGGUGUUUUGUACUGUGAUUUCUUGCGUUUUCAUCCCACGAAAUGG